AUGGUCGAAGAGGAAAACAAAGCAGCAAAUCUAGCUUCAGUCGUCUUAUCAAAUAUGGGCACAAUCAAAGCGUACAAUUUGCAAGAGCAUUUUUACUCUGUUUUUGCCAAUACGCUGGAGCCACUAGCUCGUGCGAUGAAGAGGCAAUCUGUCAUUUCUGCUUUCGUUUUUGCGUGCCAGUACUCGUUCACAUACAUUCUGAUCGCACUAACGUUGUACUUUGGAAAAGGGAUGAUGCUCAACAAUGAAAUUACGGUGUUCGAUUACAUGAGGUGA